GGUAACAUCGAUUACCAUAGCACCCUGAGCAAUGCGGUGAAAUCACGUUUCGCCUGACACCUCCCGUGUCUGUCAUGUCAUCACUGGACUGUCACCGAAUGCCCGUACAAAAAUACUAGGCGGUACACGCUGCCAUGCACAAAAUCAAGACUUCCAGAUCUUGAAAUGCGGUGAUAGUCUACAGUCCAAUACCAAUUUUAACAAAAACAAAACCUACCUCUGGGCCUUACUUCGCACAAACCCUUCUCUUUGGCAUCACCACCGUACGGGCAUAGAAAACCGACUGAUCAACCAAAUAAACAUAAUAUUAGCUGCUGCUAGCUAUUCUCGACUUGAAAUCUUGGAGAAACCAAGAAAGUCUCUUCUGUAAUAUAGAAAUCGUUGUACAGUUUUAUUUUAAUAGUGAAUUUUUGACAAUGACAGAGAACGUUGAUGAACUGACUGCAAAGAUGGCGGAACUGACUGUGCUGUCGUUCCGCAAGGUUGAAGAUGUCAAGCGACUUGUUGUGCAUUUCAAUAAUGUGAUAAACCACCCUCUGACGCAAGAGAAACCAGUGUUGCAAAGUUAUCUGAAGAAUCUGAACGAGACGCACCGGAAGAUAUACUUCCAGAAGAGAGAGGGAGUUGAGGUGGAGUAUAUCUUCACAACGGAGAAGAAGAGUAACUUGCAGAGGCAAAGGUUCAACAGUCUUCCCGUGAGCGAGGUGCCGGAGUUACUUAAAGCCGAGUUGUUGAAUGUUGAGAACGCUAAACAGGUGCAUAUCUGCACGGAUUGUGACGUAGAAAUCGAGAUGAAUGAUGAGGAGCCUUUGAUGGAGUCUUUGCAGAAGCAUUUCAACUUGGAAGUCCAUUUGCCCAAGCCGAAAAUGAAGCGUGAGAGUGUAGACGUAGCUGAACCGAUAAUUCUUCCUAACAUGUCCAGAAGACUAUCCGCCAUGGAGUGCGGAGAGACCCCAGCGCAGAUGGCGCAAAUUCUCCAACUUGUUAAACCAAUGGAGAAGCUGGAUAGAACAUUCUCCGCUAAACUUGAGGCUUCUUUGAUUCGACAUUUGCCGGAUAAUUCGGAAGCGAGUAUCGACGCUGCCGUCAAGUUCUAUCAGGCGGCUUAUGACAAGUUAUGUCAAGAAGUAGCAAUGAUGGACUUCUCUGACAAGACGAGCUCUGUAGCUCCUAUCAUCAUGAGCAUUAAAGACAACGUCAAUCAGAACUUCGCUACGGAUGCUAACAAAAAUUUUGAGAAUGAGGAUAACGAUCAGGCGCCUGAAGCGAAGACGCAAGUGAAGAAUCAGGUUAAGAAGUACCGCUACUACGGCCCUAUUGAGAACUACAUUGUGGAGCUGCUCCUGAACCAUAAGCUUCUCUCUUUAGUUGACGACCGUACUGGGAAACUAGCUUUCUUCUGUAUGGCUUGUGAGUACUAUACCCUGCGGUUCCGAUAUGACAGUGUGCUCAGCCAUGUCUUCAGCGAAACGCAUAUCAAUAACUUGUCAUGCAUCUUGCAAGCGGAUAAACACAUCCCCUUUUCCAUGCGCGAUACAUCCAUGGAUAAAAUUAAGGAGAUGAACUAUAAAUUCUUGCACAGCCACAGCGUUUCUGAAGACGCGAACGGCUACAGCUGCGGUCUUUGUAAACACAACAUCGACUCUAUUGAAGCUUCCAUCAUGCAUAUUCUGGAUGAAAAUCAUUUGGCGAAGCUUUCUGACAAGUUGUAUCGUAAGAUGAAGGCUAAUAACCAGGACGGAGUCAAUCCUGACGAAUGGGGUCCUAAGAGUUUGGACUGGUCGAAGUUUUUGGCGACCGUUGGGAAGCCUUUGAACAAUCGCGAUCAUGUUGUUAUUGAGAACUUUAUCAAACCUUCAGGAAAGAUCGCCAACUACUGCUCGUGUUGCGAUAUGACGUUGAAAGGUCCGAGACAGGUGCUGUUCAACCACAUCCGCCAGAAGAAGCAUCUCCGAAACGCUGCUCCGCAUAAACUGGCCCUACUUUACAAGAACCACUGCCGCCCUUCGGAGUAUUACGCAAGUUUCGGAAACUACUACGUCUGCGCUGUCUGUCCGAUGUUCAUCGCGCUUCCAUCUUUCGCAGCGAUUGUCGAACACUUCGAAAGUACCAUCCACAUCGAGACUAUCGCCAAGAUGAUCCGUACAGCGCUCUACGAGCAAACAGCUGACUCUGACAUCUUGGCGUCUAACAAAAUAAUUACCAAGGACGGUUUUAAAUGCGACCUCUGCGAUGUGGCUCUUCAGGACUUGAACGAGGCAAUGACACACGUUUUAUCGAACAUCCAGCAUCAGAAUUUAGUUGUCGACGCUAAGACACAGGAGAAUAAAGGCGACAUAAUAAGCGUUUAUAUGCGUGGGAACUACAUUCUCCACAACGAAGGCGCAAGCUUCACCUGUACCGUUUGCAAAGGGGUGUUUAAUUCCAUUCGGUCGUUGCUGACUCACUUGAUUUAUGCUGAUCAUUUCGCUCAGAAGCCGUCUACUGAGAAUGUGUUCAGAUUCUAUUUGGAGUUGAAGCAUAACAUAAAUAUGUUGGGGAGGAAUAAGUAUGAUUACUAUGAGUUCGGGAAGUUGAAGUGUGGGGUUUGUGACGCGGAUUUGGAAGAGGGGGAGAAUGCAAAGAAACACGUGGUAUCACCGCGUCACAGAGAAAAUAUGGGGGCCAGUUAUGUUAAUUUGAAUGAUGUGUCUACUGUUGAAUAAGAUUGACUGCGUGUUGUCCGUGGUGCGGCGCGCGCGCACCUUGUUGAAUAAUUAUACAAAAGAACAAUCAUGCAAUACUGUGCUUGGUCAACCGUUUUACAAUGAAAUUUUAAUAAAUGAAAUAAUUUUUUAACUAUA